UCACCAGUCCCCACCAGUAGGUCACAAGACAGUGGACGGGAGAGACCAUGGCCGCUACUCUCCGUCAGACACCCCUCACCUGCAGUGGCCACACGCGCCCUGUGGUCCAUCUGGCCUUCUCUCAGCUGUGUCCUGACGGCUACUUUCUCAUCUCUGCUAGUAAAGAUGGGAAGCCAAUGAUGCGUCAGGGCAACACGGGGGACUGGAUCGGCACCUUCGAGGGCCACAAGGGUGCUGUCUGGGGCGUGGCACUCAACGGCGACACCUCCCGCGCAGCCACGGCAGCGGCGGACUUCACUGCCAAGGUGUGGGAUGCUGUGUCUGGUGAGGAGCUGCACAGCUUCUCCCACAGCCACAUUGUCAAGGCGGUGGAUUUCUCUCCCUCCUCCACCGAACUGCUCACCGGCUCCAACGAAAAGCUGCUCAAGAUCUUCGACAUCGCCAAGCCAGAAGCUGACCCUCAGGUGUUUUCUGGGCACACUGGCAGCCUCAAGCAUGUGGUGUUCAUGAACGAAGGGAAGCAGAUGCUGAGCUGUGCCGAGGACAAGACCAUCAGGGUGUGGGACAAGACCUCCGGACAGGAGGUGCAGAAGCUUGACGUGGCCCACAACCCCACCAGUAUGGAGCUGAGCAGUGACGGAAAGACACUUACUGUGACCUACGGCUCCAAGGUGGCCUUCCUCAGCCCUGAAACGCUGGAGGUGCAGAGGGAGGUGACAGUGCCAACAGCCGUGUACUCCGCCUCGCUCCACCCGGACCGCUCUGUCUUCAUCUGUGGCGGCGAGGACUUCAAGAUGUACAAAUUUGACUACAACACAAACGUGGAGAUCGAGUCCUUCAAGGGACACUUCGGGCCCGUCCACUGUGUGCGGUUCAGCCCCGACGGAGAGCUGUAUGCCUCUGGAAGUGAGGAUGGCACGCUGAGGCUCUGGCAGACUACAGUAGGCAAGACUUACGGCCUGUGGAAGUGUAUAGACGCCGCCACCACAGAGAACAACGUGGCCGCCAAACCAGAGACCAUGGCUUGAGGGGGCGGCUUGGGGCUCCCUUGUAGCUUUUAUUGUCACUUAGCGGCAUUUCCUCCACCGGUCUGUCUCUCAAAACAAAGUACCUCCUCCUAAUUUAUUGUAGAAUGGACCCAUAUAUGCCCUAUUUUAUUUUCCUUUUUCCCUCAAAACGACGACCGUGGGCGAGGCGCCAGACCCGAGGUGCUUCACUGAGCUGCUCGUCCUGGUGACUAAGGCUCUGCUUCGCCUGUCUUUCCCAUCCCUCCAUUUGUUUUUUUAUGUGAUGGUCUUAUUGCUGGGCAGGGCAGGUCAGGUCACAAUCUUCCAGGGCAGAGUUCAGACCCAGUGUGCCAAGAUUUGUUUUGAGUUUUGGCUUGAAUAUUGUGUUGAGCGUCAGGUGCCGCUGUGGCCCGGCAGGUGACACUAUUACCUGUGCCUUAUUGACCUGUGUGGGCAGUGUCUCUCUCAGUCUCUUCCAUGUUGAAUUGUUAAUAUUAUUGUUAUUGAGGAGAAAGACUCCAAAGCUGGAGGUCGUCCUGCCAGUCCUUGGUGUCUCCUUGUAAAUCAUUAGUCCCUUUUAUUUAUUUUUUCCCUUUGGUUUAGGGUUAUGGUCUUAGUUUUGUUUAUUUAUGGAAAUAAAUAUGUAUGUAAUUGAACCUGGGUAGUGAAAUUGGACUCCAGCAUAGUGGAAUCUCAAAGAAAGCAAAACAUUCCCAUCUCUCUAUGGUGAAACUUUAUUUACUUUCACCCACUAGUGCCCAGUAUCUUGCUACUUCAUUGCGCUAGUCAGCUGGUUGUAUUUUCAAAGAAUUUUUACAAGAAUAAACAAAAAAUCCA